UCCCUUCCUCCUCUUCCCCUCUCCCCUCCUCUCCGGAAAUGGCGCGCCACCUCUUCUCCACUCGCCCCCCCAUCCAUCCUCUCCUCUCCAUUACACUCCACUCAGCGAUUCCGCACCAUCUUCGCUCCGCCCCGCCCCGCCCCGCCCCUCCCCCCCAACCCCCGACACAUCGGUUCCCGCACGUUGUGCCGCGAUUCCCCCUCGCCGUCGCUGCGACAUCGCGAUCUGUAAGGAAGGAAGGGAGGGAGGGUUUGGUGCGGCGAUGACGGAGCGCCGGUGAUCGAGCGCAGAGCCCAAAGGAGGAGAAGCGACGAUGAUGGUUGGUUUGGUGCAGCUUCUGGUGGGGUUCGUCGUCGCCUGGGAGGCCGUCGAGCUCGUCCUCCGCCACGGCCUCCUCCUAUCCGUCUUCAAGUUCGCCGCCCUCGGCGCCCUCGCCGCCGCCGCAGGAUGCGUCGCCGUCAUCUUCCUCGCCAGGGCAGUGGCCUGGGUGCUCCAACGCGCCGCCAAGCUAUCCAUCGGGUGCCGCUCCUACGGCCUCAAUUAUCUGCGGGACAUCACCAUUUCAUCCUCAGGGCUACGGGGCGCUGUUGAGUCUAUUUGUAUUGGUGAAAUCAGACUUGUCCUGCAGAAACCGCUCACCCAGCUGGGAUUUACCAUACUAACUCAUGGACCAAUCCUGCAACUGCAAAUCUCUGAUUUGGACGUUAUGCUCAGGCAACCUGUGAAAUCCGCAAACAAGAAGAAACCUAGCCCUCGCAAACCGUCCUCAACCUCAUCCACAAAAGCAAAAGGAAAAUCCAAAGCACAAGCGAAAUGGAGGUUAAUAACAAGCAUGGCCAGUCUAUUAUCAUUAUCCAUAGUGGAAUUGAGGCUUAAGUCUCCAAAAGCUGCUCUUGGCAUCAAGGACCUUAAGAUCGAUAUAUCGAAAACUGGAGGAUUGGAUCCAGUCCUCAAUGUUCAAAUUAAUAUUAUACCUUUAUUUGUACAAGCAUUGGAGUCAGACAGCAUUGACAACAACACGUCAGUGUUCAGCAAAUUGGAUUGGUGUGUUAGUGGACAAUAUUGUUCAGCCAUGGACACUUCUGACUGUAGCUCAUUCCUGUUUGAGGACAUAUCAUUCUCAUGUGACCUUCAUCAAAGGGAUAGAGGAAUUAAGGUCAAGAAUUUGGACUUGAUUCUUGGCCCAAUUGUUGUGAAUUUGGAAGAGAAAUUAUUGACCAAGAAGAAACAGUCUGCAGCUACUGUUGCUGACCAAAAGGGCGAACCUUCUGUGGAUAAUAAAUCAGCUGCCAGAUCUGAAGGGGGCAAACUUGCAUCACUAAAUAAGAAGAUAAGUCUGUUUCCUGAAAAGGUUAGCUUCAACAUGUCCAAACUGGAUCUGAAGUUUUUGCCCAAAGAUCAUGGCCUCUCAAUCAACAAUGAAAUUGGUAGCAUAUCUUUGAGAUGUACAAGGUUACAACCACAAGAUGGCUUCGGAGAGAGCACAACACAUCUCCGGUUGGAAACUGCCGUAACGGAGAUUCAUCUUCUAAUGGAUGGCGCGACCUCAGUAUUAGAGGUUGCAAAAAUUUCAACAGUAGUUUCAGCUAACAUUCCCACUCAGCCAGCAUUGCCAGUUCAAGCUGAAGUAGAUGUCAAGAUUAGUGGGUUCCAAUGUAAUCUCAUUAUGAGCAGAAUUAAGCCACUGAUUAGAAUUAACUCAGAUAAAAAGAAGCCCCCUGUUGCCCAUGAGAGUCCUCAACAAGAGAAGGCACCUAAAGAAAAAUUAGCAUUGGCUUGGGCAUGUACACUGUCGGCUCCUGACUUGACUAUUGUGCUUCACAGUCUUGAUGAUGUACCUCUUUACCAUUGUAUUCAAUCAAUUAAUGUUUCUGCAAGUAAGUUGGUAGACCAAGGAACUCGAUUGCAUGUCAAGCUUGGUGAACUGAAAUUGCUUUUUGCUUGCAAACGCCUACAGUCGAUGAAUGAAAGCAUCUCAGGCUCCUUACUGCACAUUAGCCGUUCAACUCUUGAUCUGGAGCAAAAGGACCCAGGCAAAGAUAAUGGUGAAGACCAUGCUAAAUCCUCUAUCUCUGUUAAUAUAUCUGGAAUCAGAAUGUACUUCUGUUUUUACUAUCUCGAGUCACUUUGUGCCAAUGCAAUGUCCUACAAAGUGUUUCUGAAAAGUAUUUUGCCUCCUAAGAAACGAUCUGUCCAGGAGAAUGCUCCUCAAAAGUCUAGCAAGAAAACUAAAGGAGCACAGCUUAUCAAAAUCAAUGUUGCACAGUGCUUUGUUAUGUAUGAUGGUGAUAUGAGGCUGGAAGAUAUGACUAUAGCCGAUCCAAAGCGUGUAAACUUUGGAUCUCAGGGUGGUCGUGUUGUAAUCAUCAAUGAAGAUAAUGGUUCCCCAAGGAUGGCCUAUGUAAAUUCUACUAGCCUUCCGGAUCAUAAGAAUGUUCACUUCUCCACUUCUCUAGAGAUUUCUCAGGUCUGUGUGUCUUUGAAUAAGGCAAAGCACUCCAUGCAGGUUGAACUUGAGAAGUUCAGAGUGACACAUAAAGAGGAUCAGCUUGACAAUAAACCUGUAGAGGAGACCAAGCUGUUGGAUGUGCGUAAAGCAAAGUUUGUCCAGCGUUCUGGUGGGCAAAAUGAUGCUGCAGCCUGCUCUCUCAUCAAUGUGACUGACAUUGCAAUCAGGUGGGAGCCUGAUCCCUAUCUGGAACUGCUUGAAGUGGCCACACGACUUAAAGCAGUUCUGUAUAGGAUGAAACUCCAGAAUUCUGUUGCUGAGGUGAAAGAUGAUACAUUAAGCAUGGAUAUCCCAGCAAAAAAGGAAGACAUUGGCCAGCAAGAAAAGGCACAAAAGAAACGAGAAUCAGUUAUUGCCGUCGAUUUGGAAUCGUUGAAAAUUUCAGGUGAAUUUGCUGAUGGGGUUGAAGCAAUGGUUCAAGUAGGAUCCAUAUUUUCUGAGAAUGCAAAGAUAGGUGUUUUGAUCGAGGCACUAGCGGUCAGUUUUUGUGAUGCAUGGAUAUUCAAAAGCAGUCGCAUGCAGUUGUCUCGUAUCCCGAUUUCUGUUUCUGAUAGCCAUCCUGAUAAGAAGUUACAAUCUGCAGCUGUAUGUGAUUGGGUUAUUCAAUGCCGUGAUGCUAAUAUUUGCUUGCCAUUUAGGUUGCAACUAAGAGCUAUAGAUGAUGCUGUAGAAGACACAUUGCGGGCCUUCAAACUUAUUUCUGCAGCAAAAACAUCUGUUUUAUUUCCCGAGAAGAAAUCUAGCGCCACCAGCAGCAGUAGCAGCAAAAAGAAAUCAAAAUCAGUGGCUUUUCGGUAUGUGCGGAUCAUCGUGCGUGAUCUGAUAGCAGAAAUUGAGGAAGAGCCCAUACAAGGAUGGCUUGAUGAGCAUAUCAGUUUAAUGAAGAAUGUAUUUUCUGAGUCCGCAGUCAGGUUGAAUCUACUUGAUGAGCUUGCUUUAGGCCAAAAUAAGGAUUCCCCCAAGGCAAAACUGGAUACCUCUGCUUCUGAAAAAAACAAUGAUUGCCCUGAAGCCGAUGCUGAUGUGCCUGGCAUACACUCCAUUGAAAAACUCAGAGAAGAGAUAUACAGACAGGCAUUCCAGUCAUAUUACCAAGCAUGUCAGAAAUUGCCAAUCUCAGAAGGAUCAGGUGCAUGUUCAAGUGGCUUCCAGUCAGGAUUCAAGAUGAGCACCCGUAGAGCAUCAGUUAUGUCCGUACAUGCAAAAGAUAUUGAUGUGAGCCUAUCAAAGAUUGAUGGGGGCGAUGAAGGAAUGAUUAGUUUUAUUAAAUCUGUAGAUCCAGUUUGUGCCAAAAAUGAUAUCCCAUUUUCCCGUUUGUAUGGCAGCAAUUUUACUUUGAAAACUAGAUCUUUAUCUGCUUAUUUGAGAGACUAUGCAUUUCCACUCUUUGCUGGAACCUCUGGUAAAUGUGAUGGCCGCCUUGUGCUGGGUCAGCAGGCAACCACUUUUCAGCCCCAAGUUCGACAGGAUGUCUAUGUUGGCAAAUGGUGGAGAGUAAAUCUGCUCCGCUCUGCAACUGGUUAUACCCCACCAAUGAAAACAUAUGCUGACAUACCAUUGCAUUUUAAAAAAGGGGAAGUGUCAUUUGGAGUUGGCUACGAGCCAGUUUUCGCUGAUAUAAGCUAUGCUUUUACUGUUGCACUCCGGAGGGCAAAUUUAGCUAAGAGGUGGUUCUUUGAGCGUCCUGAACCCCCAAGAAGAGAGCGCAGCUUACCCUGGUGGGAUGAUAUGAGAAACUAUAUUCAUGGCAGAUUUAACUUGAGUUUUACUGAGACAGAAUGGCAUCUCCCUGCUUCAACAAACCCUUAUGAAAAGCAUGAUCAAAUGCUAAUCACAUCUGGCUAUAUGGAAAUAUGUUAUGUGGAUGGUUAUGUCAGUCUGUCUUCGAAGUCUCUAAAGGUGUACAUAACUAGCUUAGAGAGUCUAGCCAAGAAGACUAGUUUAGAAAUCCCACAUCAUCCAGCUAUACCUUUCCUUGAAACCCCUACCUUUUUCAUGGAUAUUUCAAUACAGUGGGGAUGUGAUUCAGGUAACCCUAUGGAUCAUUUUAUAUUUGCUCUUCCUGCUGAGGGAAAACCACGGGAUAAAGUUUUUGAUCCAUUCCGCUCAACUUCUCUGUCACUGAAGUGGAGUUUUUCACUUAAGCCUUCAACAACAGAAACCAUAGAACAUCAGCGAAAGAGUGAUGUGCAUACAAAUGAUUCUCCGACCGUGAAUGUAGGGGCUCAUGAUUUGGUCUGGCUAGCAAGGUGGUGGAACUUACUUUUUCUUCCUCCCCACAAAUUAAGAUUGUUUUCCAGGUUUCCACGUUUUGGAGUUCCUAGAUUUGUACGGUCUGGAAACCUCCCACUUGAUAGAGUUAUGACUGAACAGUGCAUUCGUUUUGAUUCCAUUUUGUUGAAGAUUAACAACAUGCCUCUACAGCCAGAUGAUCCUGCUAAGGGUUUGACACUACACUUCACAAAGUUUAGGAUUGAAAUAGCUUUCAGCCGUGGGAAGCAGAUAUUUACCUUUGAUUGCAAGCGUGAACCUCUUGAUCUUGUCUACCAGGGCAUAGAUCUGCACUUGGUGAAAGUAUUUCUUAACAGAAUUCCUGAACCAUCAACUUCAAAGGAUUCUAAGGCAGAAAAUAAGAGUACAAAAGAUAGAGAUAGUCCUGGUUGUGAAAAGGGCAAAAUGAAAACUAGUUCUACUGAGAAAAGCAGGGAUGAUGGAUUUUUUCUGCAUUCUGAUUAUUUCACAAUACGAAAACAAACUCCCAAGGCUGAUGCUGCUAGAUUAUCAGCAUGGCAGGAAGAUGGCAGGAAAAAAUCUGAAAUGCCAUUAAUCAAGUCUGAGUUUGAUGGGGGUGAUGAAAGUGAUCAUGAGCAAUCAGGCAGUGACGACGAGGGAUUCAAUGUUGUGGUGGCUGAUAGUUGCCAGAGAGUUUUUGUCCAUGGACUAAAAAUUUUAUGGAAUUUAGAAAACAGAGCUGCUAUCCUCUCCUGGGUUGGUGGUUUAACUCAAGCAGUUCAGCCUCCGAAACCAUCUCCGUCUCGCCAAUACACCCAAAGAAAGAUUCUUGAGAAGAAACAGUUAAUUAAAGAAGCUGAGAUGCCGAAGGAUGGUGCUCUUAACUCUGUGUCCUCAGCAUCACAGCCUUCAGAACCUCAACAGAUCAAAAGUUCAGAGUCACCACCUUCCAAUGGGUCCAGCAAGUCAGAUCUGACACCAAGUGGUGAAACUGCACUUAAGCCUUCGAAUAAUAGCGAUGCUGAAGAGGAAGGUACAAGGCAUUUCAUGGUUAAUGUUGUGCAACCUCAGUUCAAUUUGCAUUCAGAAGAAGCAAAUGGUAGGUUUCUGCUAGCUGCCGGUAGUGGGCGGGUCUUGGUUCGCUCAUUUCAUUCAAUUGUGCAAGUUGGUCAAGAAAUGUUUGAGAAAGCAAUUGGUUCCAGCAAUGUUGCGACCAGUGGGUCUGGGCCAGAAAUGACCUGGUCACGUGUGGAGCUCUCUAUCAUGUUGGAGCAUGUUCAGGCUCAUGUUGCGCCCACCGAUGUUGAUCCAGGUGCUGGUAUUCAGUGGCUGCCAAAAAUACACCGCAGGUCAUCUGAAGUUAAACGAACUGGUGCUUUACUUGAAAGGGUAUUUAUGCCGUGCCAAAUGUAUCUCCGCUUUACACGGCACAAGGGAGGAACCCCUGAACUGAAGGUUAAGCCACUGAAAGAGCUAGCAUUUAACUCACCAGAUAUAACUGCUGGUAUGACAUCACGUCAGUUUCAAGUUAUGAUGGAUGUAUUGACUAAUCUUCUCUUUGCAAGAACUCCAAGAAAAACGAAGAGUAAUCUAAGCUAUCCCCUGGACAAUGAUGAUGACGACAUUGAAGAAGCAUCUGAUGCAGUUGUACCUGAUGGGGUUGAGGAGGUAGAAUUAGCAAAGAUUGGUGUUGAACUAAAAGAAAGAGCACGAAAGCUACUGCUUGAUGAUAUCCGAGCCUUGUCUACUGGUGUUGAAUCAUCUCAUGAUCAGAGUCCGUCACCAAAGGCUGAUGAUGCUACUUGGAUUGUUACUGGUUCAAGGCUAAUGCUGGUCAAACAACUGAAGAAAGGGCUCGUGAAUGUCCGGAUUGGUAGGAAAGAGGCAUAUUCUACACUAAGAAUUGCUAUGCAGAAAGCUGCACAGUUGAGGUUGGCAGAAAAGGAAAAGAAUAAAAGCCCUUCAUGCGCCAUGAGAGUUUCAACGAGGAUAAACAAGAUUGUUUGGAGCAUGUUAGCAGAUGGAAAAUCUUUUGCUGAAGCUGAAAUAAAUGAUAUGAUUUUUGAUUUCGACCGGGACUACAAAGAUAUUGGCAUCGCGCAGUUGACAACCAAGCUGUUUGUCCUUAGAAAUGGACUUGCUAAUGCAAAAUCAGAUACUGUUCUGGCACCAUGGAACCCACCUUCUGAAUGGGGCAAGAAUGCAAUGCUUCGUGUUAAUGCCCGGCAGGGCGCUCCAACUGGUGGAAAUUCAGUUAUCGAGAGUUUUCUAGUAGACAUCUAUCCACUUAAAAUUUAUUUGACUGAAGCAAUGUACAGAAUGAUGUGGGGAUAUUUUUUCCCUGGAGAUGAACAGCAACCACAAAAGCGACAGGAGCUUUUCAAGGUCUCCACUACAGCAGGAACAAGACGAAAGAAAAGCACUUCUAAUGUGGAGACAAACAGUCCCAAUAACCAGUCAUCAAAAGAAUCUACAUUUACACAGAAGCCUGAACUUCGAAGGACAUCUUCAUUUGACAGAACAUGGGAGGAAACAGUUGCUGAGUCUGUAGCUAAUGAACUUGUUUCACAGAUGCAGGGUCAAUCAAAUGCCCAAUCUGAAUCUCAAGAUGCUGUUAAGGAUUCCAAGUUAUUACGUCCUGUUCGUUCUACUCGUGAGGAUAAGAAAAUUGUGGAGCCUAAUGAGGUGAAGCAAACAAGACCUCAAAAACUGAUGGACUUCCGCAACAUAAAGAUAAGCCAGGUUGAAUUGCUUCUCACAUAUGAAGGAUUGCCGUUUGCUGUAAGUGAUGUAAGGCUACUUAUGGAUACCUUUCAUCGUGAAGAUUUUACUGGAACAUGGCCAAGAUUGUUUUCACGAGUAAAGAAACAUAUUGUAUGGGGAGUAUUGAAGUCUGUUACUGGCAUGCAGGGCAAAAAGUUCAAAGCUAAAUCUACUAGCCAAAAAGAGCCGUCUGCUGCUUUAAUCAGUGCCAGUGAUUUUAAUUUAAGUGACAGUGAUGGUGAUGAUGCUGGCAAUUCUGAUCAACUUCCAGCAUUUCUAAAAAAGCCUAGUGAUGGAGCUGGUGAUGGAUUUGCAACCUCAGUUAAGGGCUUGUUCAAUUCACAAAAGAAGAAAGCGAAGGCUUUUGUCCUAAAGACGAUGAAAGGAGAGGCCGAGCAUGAUUUCCAUGGUGAACGGAGUGAGAAUGAAAUUGAGUUCUCUCCAUUUGCUCGGCAGUUGACUAUAACCAAGACGAAGAAGCUUAUACGGCGGCACACAAAGAAGUUGAACAAGUCUAAGGUUCACAAAAAUUCAGCUACUGAGCAAGAAGUGCUGCCACCGCGUGCUCCUGCUGGAUACAACACAGACUCCUCCGACUCAUCAUCGGCGGAGACAAGCCCAAAAGAUUAGCCAGUGUCUUCAGCAAAAGGUUGUCUCCGAUGGUGCUUGGAAGUCCCGAGUUGAAACGCCUCCAGCUUACUGAGCGGUGAAGUGACCUGCAAUUUACUUGGUUACAGCUUCCGGUUUUGAUCUUGUAGAUCCUCAGUGCAAUCUUCGUGAUGGUUUUGUAGUCAUCCGAAUAGAUGUAGAUAGUGUUUCAACAUUUUUUCCCCAUGACCCCAUCAGAUGGGGGCUUUGAAAUAAGCGGGAUCCAAUCCACAUGAACCAAAUUUCUACACCAUGUACAAGCGUUAUGCAAUCCACCUCAAACACUAGUACCAUACAUACAUUUGUACCAGUUAGGAUCUUGUAGUGCAUGAUACGGUCUUGGUGCCGUGAACUCGUGAUUGUUUAUAAGCUUUCAGAUAGUCUAUAUUUUUUAUACAGAUAUAGAAUACAUCUCUUAGAUGUCAGAA